CAAGUAUAAACGCAUCGCGACCGUUAAGCGCAGUCAGAAGCGAUUGAACACUCGGAUGCGAAAAAUCAAUCUUGCCUAUUUACGUAAAGGAGAAGGAAAGGAGGACACGAUGGCUCUUUCACCGCACGACGAUAACAACAUAAAUACGCUUUCCCGACCCUUCCAGCGCCGCUACAAAGAAAGCUGCGCUCCAUAGGCCUUAUCCCUCAUCUCCGCUCUCGCGCCCACCACCACCCCUUCUCCACGCUCUCAGCUCCCCCGCUCGCAAAAUGACGCACGCCCCUACCAUCCAGCCGAAGUUCCUGCCUCGCCGCGACGACCUGGGCGUCGUCGCCGUCGGCUUCUCUAACGGACAGAGGAAGUCCGGUGUCGAUGCGGCUCCCAUGGCCCUGAUUGAGGCCGGCCUGCUCGACCAGCUUCGGGACGAGCUCGACUUCAAGGUCACCUACGAUGGCCAGGUCCACUCGUACACCGACGUUAUCCCCAAGGAGGACCCCGACCACCGCAACAUGAAGAUGCCGAGGACUGUCAGCGCCGUGACGAGGAAGCUGAGCGAGCAGGUCUACGAGCACGCCUCCAAGGGCCGCUGCGUCCUCACCCUCGGCGGUGACCACUCCAUCGCCAUCGGUUCCAUCGCCGGUGUCGCGAAGGCUACCCGGGAGAGGAUUGGUCGUGAAAUUGCCGUCAUCUGGGUUGACGCCCACGCUGACAUCAACACCCCUGAGACCUCGGACAGCGGCAACAUUCACGGCAUGCCCGUGGCCUUCUUGACGGGCCUGGCUAAGGGCGACAACGAGGAGAUGUUUGGUUGGAUCAAGGAUGACCAGAAGAUCAGCGUGACCAAGCUGGUCUACAUUGGCCUGAGGGACAUUGACAUUGGAGAGAAGAAGAUUCUGAGGGAGAACGGUAUCAAGGCCUUCUCCAUGCGUGACGUUGACAAGUACGGCAUCGGAAAGGUCACGGACAUGGCCCUUGGCUGGAUCGGCAGCGACACUCCCAUCCAUUUGUCCUUUGACAUUGACAGCCUGGACCCUCAGUGGGCUCCCAGCACUGGUACCCCUGUCCGUGGAGGCCUCACCCUCCGUGAGGGUGACUACAUCGCCGAGAGCGUGGCUGAGACCGGCAACCUCGUUGCUAUGGACCUUGUCGAGGUCAACCCCAGCCUCGAAGCCCAUGGCGCUUCCGAGACCGUUCGUGCGGGUUGCUCCAUCGUGCGCUGCGCACUGGGCGACACGCUGCUGUAGAUCACGAUUCUUGCCAUUUAGAUCCCCCCUUUAGCGUUCAAAUAUUUCUUUUACGGUCCCUCGGGUGUUGUCGGGUUCAGCAGCAUGCGCAGUGGAGCGCCUCACUGCCGGACGAAAGGAUGAUACUUAGACAGCAAACCUCUGCUAAGAUAGACAAGUUUUUUCAACACAUUUGAUUCCUUGGGAGAAGCAAAGCACAGUUCACGCAGCCCCUCCGUUUGUGCAUCCAACCACGUCAUCUGCUGCCCUUUUUUAGCCACCGAGCAAGAUCCUAUCUAUGUCCGAUACCGGGCUCGGAUCGCUAUGGAAUCAGGUUGAGACGAAAUUUGUCCUACAAAGGCUCUCUGCGGACGUGAUUCGGAUUACUCUCGAUUAUUGUUGCUGCUGCAAUAGGGCCUUGGGAGUGGAAUGGG